AUGAACUUAUAUUGGAAUGGAACAGAAACAACUUAUACACUUUCAUCACCAUUAUCAUCAUCAUCAACACAGCAAUAUUUAACAGCAAAACGAUGUCAUAGCGCACAACCAUCAUCAUCAACAUCAACAGUUGAUUUACGCGAAUUAACAAAUACACUUCAAGAACUAAAUAAUCAUUUUAAACGAAAUCUUAAGCUUUUGACAGAUAUUAAAGAUCAAAUCGUUAAAGUAUGUGAAAAACAAGAAGCAAGAUUAGUAGAUGAUAAUUCUGGUGUGCAUAAGCUUGAAAGAGUAACCGUUGAAUUACGAUUGGUAUUUUUGAAAAUUGGUGAAAUUGAUACAUUAAAAGAACAAUUUCAAGCUGAAGCAUUUAUUCAAGCACGUUGGUAUGAACCAAGCUUGAAAGGAACGGAUAUUGAUUGUUUUGAUGCAAAUAAAUUUUGGAAUCCAUUAUUAUAUAUUGAUAAUUCAGUUGGAGAUUUUAAAAAUGAUGUUUGGCAUAAAGUUGUUUAUGAUGGAACUGAUACACCAAUGAUUUAUGAAAUGCGAAAAAUUAAAGGUGUUUUUCUUGAAAAUCUUGAACUUAAUGAUUUUCCUGUUGAUGUUCAAGAUUUAUCAAUAACAAUUUCUACAACAAGAACUGUUAACGAAGUAUCACUUAUUGCUGAUACUCAUCAAUUAAGUGCAAUCAAUACACAUGCAUUUAUUGAUCAACAAGAAUGGCGUUUACAUGAACAUGUUGAAACAUCAACAAAAUUAAUAUCAAGUCCAUUUACACCAUCACAAAAUCAACAUCCAGCUUUCUCAGCUACUUGUCAUGCUGCUCGUCGACCCGGUUAUUUCUAUUGGAAUGUCUAUUUUUUAAUCUUUUUUAUAACAGUAAUGGCUUUUGCUACAUUUAGUGUUACUUAUAAUCUUCCCCAAAAUCGUCUUCAAUUAAGUUUUACUCUUCUAUUAACAGCUGUUACAUUUAAAUGGGUUGUUGUACGAUGUUUACCAACAAUAUCUUAUCUAACAACAUUAGAUAAAUAUGUAUUACUAUCCAUGGUAAUGUUAUGUGUUGUUUGUGCUUGGCAUGCUAUUAUUGCUGUAUGUCCAACUGAUGUGGCACCAUAUUGGGACAAUAUGGCAUUAAUAUCAUUAGCUGUCAUUUAUACAGUAUUUCAUCUAGUAUUUUUUCUUUGGAUGUAUCUGGUCACUUAUCGUCGACGACGUGUUAUGACACGAAAAGAUAAAGAAUAUUUAAAUUUAUUUGAUUCAGAUCAACCUUUUAAGCAGAAAAAUCGUUUCGAACUUUUAAAUACUCUUGGUAAUCAUCCAGGUGAUCAAUCAGAUAAAUAUCUUGGUUCAUCAGCAGCAACAACUGUUGUACGUAAAACAAUACAUCCAUUAACAUCAACUGGAAAACUUCUUCAACAUGUAUCAAAUUCAUCUGAUGGAGUAUAUCGACCAAAUCCUAUUGAACAAAAUCAUAAAAAUUUAACAAAUAAACAUACGCUUGAACAACAUCAACAACGACCAUUAAUGAGACCAUCAGUAACAAAAAAUAAUUCAAAUUUUCCUCAAAAUCAUGAUAGAGGACAACAAAUAUUAUUAACAUCUAGUGAUAUUGAAGCAAUGGCAAUGAAACAAUUUCGUGUUGGCUCUAUUGGAUGUUAA